AUGGCUGAAAAUCUAACAGUCACUCCAUAUACCCCAGAACAAAUGGUUAGUCAAAACUAAUUAUCAAAAACAAAAUAAAAAUUUUAUAUUUAGGGAGUCUUGAAAGGCUUCGAUUCACGAAUGCGUCUCUACAUGUUGAAACUUGUCAGUUUUUUUUUCAAAUUUUGAAAACAUCGAUAAAUUAGUCUGAAUUUCAGAACAUGUGCAACAAAAUCAGACAAGAUCCAAAAAUUCAAAAUCUCCACUUGCGUCUCAAAAUGAUUGUCUUCAUUUUUGACAUGGCUUUGCCACAAAAUGAUACAAAAGAAUAUGCGGUGAUUUUUCAAUAAACAUUCAUGCAAAAAUUUGCAAAGCGUUUUUUUUUCAGAGCCUUGUUGAAAUUGCAACCCACACUGAGUCAACAAUCAUUCGUGAUGCUCGAAUUGAAAUUCGCAGAGUUGUCAACAAUCAUUUGAGCGAUUUCAUGGAAAGAAAUUAUGCUUCGGUUUAA